CAGAGCAGCUCUCCUCCGGCCCAGGCCCUCAGGGAGGGGGCAUAGUUAGCCGGAAUGGAAGGAGGAGCCGCUGCACCUUUAAGUGUCAUUGGAGGAAGCGACAGCCCGGGAGCUGAUAUAUAGAGGGCAGGCCGGCCGCCGCAACCGAGUGUGGGGUGCCCCCGACCUGACCCGAGAGAGCCAGCCUGUGAGCUGCGCUGCUGGCGCCGGAGGGUCAGAGCCUAGGCCGACCCUAACUAAGGAGGUCAGGGCGAGGCGAGCAGUCUGGGUGACCAUGGCCACGCUGCUGGGCGCGUACCCCUGGCCGGACGGGCUGGAAUGCCCAGCUUUGGACGGGGAGCUUUCCGACGGGCUGGCGUCCCCAGCACCCCAUCGUAGCCCGGGGGAUAAAAGCUCGGAGAGUCGCAUCCGCCGGCCCAUGAACGCCUUCAUGGUGUGGGCCAAGGACGAGAGGAAGCGGCUGGCAGUGCAAAACCCCGACCUACACAACGCGGAGCUCAGUAAGAUGCUGGGAAAGUCCUGGAAAGCUCUGACCCUCUCCCAGAAGAGGCCGUAUGUGGACGAAGCUGAGAGACUCCGGGUACAGCAUAUGCAGGAUUAUCCCAACUACAAGUACCGCCCUCGUAGAAAGAAGCAGCUCAAGCGCAUCUGCAAACGGGUGGACCCAGGUUUCCUGCUGAGCAGCCUGUCCCGGGACCAGAACUCCCUCCCGGACAAGAGGUGUGGCGGCAGGGUUUCUGUGGGGGAGAAGGAGGAACAUGGUGAGUACUCCCCGGCUACGGUCCUUCCCAGCCUCCGGGGCUGCUACCAGGAGGUGCCCAGCGGCAGCUGCACCAGUGGCAGCAGCUCCACCAGCAGUGUGGAUGCCUACCCGUUCGGGCUGCCCACCCCACCAGAAAUGUCUCCUUUGGAUGUCCUGGAGCCUGAGCAGACCUUCUUCUCUUCCCCCUGCCAGGAAGAGCACUCUCGCUCCCACCGGCUCCCACACAUCUCAGGAGCUACGUACUCUCCAGAAUAUAUGCCCAGCCCCCUCCACUGUAACCAUGCGUUGGGCUCCAUUGCCCUCACCCAGUCCCCGGGCGUCUCCAUGAUCCCCUCUGUGACCAGCUGCUCGCCUUCCCCAGCAUACUACUCCCCCCCUGCCUUCCACGCCCUCCACCCCAACCUGCACGCCCAUCUGGGCCAGCUCUCCCCUCCCCCCGAGCACCCAGGUUUUGAUGCCCUAGAUCAACUGAGCCAGGUGGAACUCUUGGGGGACAUGGACCGGAAUGAAUUUGACCAGUAUUUGAACACUCCCGGCCAUCCAGACUCCACGGGGGGCAUCAGUGUCAGUGGACCCGCCUCCCAGGUGACACCAGGGGGGCCCACAGAGACCAGCCUCAUCUCGGUUCUGGCUGACGCCACAGCCACCUACUACAACAGCUACAGCGUCUCCUAGGCCCCGGGGCCCCGGGCAGCUGCCGGCCUUCUCCUCUGUGCCGACUUGGCUGAGUGCAGAGACUAAACAGUGUUACCGCCGCCUGCCUCCUCGUGCGCCGCGGAGCGUGCCCUCCCACUGGGUCCCAGUCUGAGCUGGCCGGUCCGGUCCGCUUCGUCCUGUAGAGAAAUGAACCUCUGCUGAUCCGCUUUCCCUUCUUUGCAACUUGACUAGUUCCACUUUUCUUCAACAUCCUCUCUGAGAACCUGGCUUCUUGACUCUCUCUCUACUAUCUGAGGUGGCAGUGUAAGUCUCCUACUUAGGCUAUGUAAGACUGAAAUUUUUUCUGACUUUUCUCUCUUCCCAUCGUAUGAAAAAUGACAGCUCCACUCCAUCUUUGGGAAUCCAUCCAUUGUGCUCAUUUCCCUGCCCCAGACACAGGCUUGCAGUGCCAACUUAAAAAAAAAAAAAACCCACAAACCAGAACAACGACAGCAGCUGGGAUUUUGGAAAUCAAAGGUUUAUGGAAAAUAAGAAAGCAAAGGUGAAAGAAAGAUCAAUUAACUAAAGGUAGUUUUUAUAUAUUUGUGGAUGGAAAUAUAAAAAUCCAUGAAAACAGACAUAAUCACUUAUGUAUCCGAAGAUGAUCCUUGGAUUGUCUCAUAUACCUAUGUUACACACACAAACAGUAUGUUCUGGAAUACCUACACCAAAACCCCAAGCCUGUCAUAA